CAGAACCACCAAAAUCAGGAAACUAAGUGUUGCUAUUAAUACACGAGAGCAAAGGACUGUAGAUGCUAAAAAUUUCAGUCCAUCGAAGAGGAACAAGUAAAUGUGAGAAACUAAAAGGAGGUUUUUGGGCAAAUGAAGCUCUUUAUCAGGUGAUUCUUUUUUUUUUUUUUUUUUUUUUUGAAGGGGGGCAAUUUUUCCAGACUUCACAGCCAUGGAAGAAACGGCAUCAAGUGAAACAGAUGGUUCCGUGUACGAGCUGAUAAUUCUUCACACUUCUGAGGCACAGGAAUGGGCAACAUAUUUGCGGCAGAUGUUGAAAGCGUCUCAGAUGUUUCGCAAAAGGUCUAUUUUGUUGUACGCAGUGGGUCCGGAAGAUCAGCUCCACGGGUACAACUUUGAGAAUUUCCAAAGCAGCAAAUGCAUUGUGCUGAUCCUCACCAGUGCAUUUCUGGACAUUCUUGGUGACCCCAAAAUGCAGGGAGCGCUGCAGAGUCUCCUGCAUCCUCCGCACAGGGUGGUGGCGCUGUUGUGUGGCGUGUCUGAGGACGACGUGGUGACCGACGGUUUUGAGGACUGGCCCAGCUGGAGAAAGCUCUACACUGAAGACGAGCCUUCUCUUUACGUCUCAAUCAUCCUGGAGUCCAUGAAUGACAGCAGACGACAUGCAGAUGAAUGUGAAGAAACUGCUGCUCCAACAGUAGAGACAGUGCCUGAAGAAACCAAAGACACUGUCAUGAGCCCAGAAAACCCUGUGAGAACAGAAAACUCAACAAGCAAGAAGACUGGUUUAGCCACACCUGUCAGCUGCCUGACUGUUCAACCUGACAGAGUUCUGUGUGGGGAGCACAAGAAGCUUUUUAUUAUCUUAACACACAAAGUGGAUGAUCAGUCAGUACCAGAGGUGGAGUUUUCCUGUGAGAAUGGAACUCCAAAUAGAGUCCCUGGCACUGUGGAGAAUGAAUACACCAUAUGUGUCACUGCUCCUGACAUGCCUGCUGGAGUGGCAUUACUCACUCUGCACACUCACCAACUGUGUGUCAGCUUAAAGCCUGUUACGUACUAUACACACAUGGAAGAAGUCAGUCAUCAUCUAACAAAUGCUGUCGACCCCAUCAACUUCAUCUGCCAGGCCUUCAACAUAACAACCAACUCAAGAGAAUCACUGGACAACAUGUUGACUGAAUCCCUAAAGUCCAGAAUGCCGGCUAAUGGAUUUCAGCUGAUUGGAAUCAGGCAGAUUGAAGAAGACAACAUGGCAGCAUAUCAGCGUAACGAAGAGCUUCCCACGCUGCUGCACUUUGCUGCUAAGUACGGCCUGAAGAAGCUGACCACCAUCCUGCUUCAGUGUCCUGGAGCUCUGCAGGCUUACAGUGUGAUGAACAAACAUGGAGACUACCCAAACACAUUGGCAGAGAAGAACGGAUUCUCUGAUCUGAGGCAGUUCAUCGAUGAAUUUGUCGAGACAGCAGACAUGCUCAAGACCCACUUUGAAGACUCCUUCAAACCUGAGGAGGGAGAAGAUGUGUAUGAACUGAUGUCAGCUAAAUCUCAAGACAUGAUGAUGAAGUACUCAGGUUGCUCAGAGGAUAUUUAUGAGUCAAUGCUGGGGAUAGACCCUGAUUGUGCAGAGGACUUAUAUGAAGCAAUGAGUGCUGUAGAAGAGUGUCAGAACCCAGAGGAAUUAAUCCUUCGAAAGUUCUUCCAAGCAAAACCCCAAUCGGAUGUAAAACAGGAUGAAAAUGAAAACCUUAAGAGUGAAGAAGAGGAAAACCGAGAUCAGAAUCAGAAUGAUGCAAAGGAAACUGAAGAAGUGGAGGAUCCAUACAGCCUCUACCCAGAGGAUAUUUAUGAUACUGUGGAUACCAAUGCAACCUAUAAUUCAGGAAUUUUCAACCGCCCACCAGCACCCAUUCCUAGACCUGAGUCCAAACCUGAACAGGAGAAGCCUGUGACCUAUAUUUCCAGGGUAUUUUCAGAUAAAGGUACACCUCAGAGUAAAGCAGUGGAAAUUGGAUCGCCUGCAGAAGUUUCUGCAGGUCCCGUGACAGAUGUUGCCCCAAUAUCUCUUUAUGACCCUUAUGCGGGGAUGAAGACUCCAGGACAGAGGCAGCUUAUUUCCCUCCAGGAGAGGGUGAAAGUUGGAGAAAUUACUGUUGAUGAAGCUGUUGAAGAGUUUAAAGCCUGGAAAUUUGACCAUCAGCAGAGGACAAAUUCCAUGCGCUAUCAGCAGGAAAAUCUGAAGAAAUUACGAGACAGCAUCACCAGGCGUCACAAAGAGAGAGAAAAAGGUGGAAAGGAACUUGACUAUGAGAUCAGUGCUCCCCUGCAGAGGAACCUAUACUGGGGCUCGAGUACGCCACUACAAUGUGCUCUGUAUGAGUCUACACCCCAAGUGGAGGCCCCACCUCCUCCAGUGCUUCACAAUAUCCAGAGAGGCAGCUGGAAGACUGGCAUCACAUUGAGCACAUCCAACGUUGAGAUCAGUGCUCCCCUGCAGAGGAACCUAUACUGGGGCUCGGGUACACCACUACAAUGUGCUCUGUAUGAGUCUACACCCCAAGUGGUGGCCAAGCCUCCUCCAUCGGUUCACAAUAUCCAGAGAGGCAGCUGGAAGACUGGCAGCACAUCGAGCACAUCCAGCACAGAGAGCAACAGACUGAGCACUCACAGCACAUUAAGCUACAGCAGCGGCACUGAACCUGAUUUUGAGGACCAAAUGGAAAGCCUCCCUCCUCCUCCGCGACCUCCUCCACGGCAUUCUGAUGCUCCAUCUGUCAUGCCUCCACCCAGGAUACCGCCACGAAUCCCAGAACGGGUACCUGAGAAAAUGCUCCAUGAGCAUUACACAUCCUGCCCAACUCGAGCACUUCCUCAAAGACCCACUCCCAGAGCCACAGAUUCUGCACCCCCUUUGCCUCGCCGUAUGCGGUGACGACACACAUUCACUGUGAGGGCGAUUUGUCUCCUAAAGUCAUGCAGCUUUUAUAGUGGCAAGUUUUUGGAAGCAUGUGAAAGACAGUGUGUCCUUCUGGAAACAUCACGAAACAACAAGUUCAACCUCAGCUGAGGACAUGACAAUUUUUACUCAAUGUUUGAUUUUUUUUUUUCCUUGUUUACAAGGAUUAUUGCUUCAGUUGCUUCCACAUAGCAUUUAUUCUCUGCAUGCGUGCCUGUGGAUAUGCGUGUGCCCAGGGCGGGCAGGCGUGCGUGAGUGCAGCAGAGGGAAGACAAGGGUGUGACAUUAAUUUUUGCAGUUGCUGUUGAAUGCAGGAAUUUUUUAGGCGUUUUUGUAUUAUUUUUCUGACAUUUUGACCUUAAUGUAUGUAUGCUAGACUGUUCAUUCUGGGGGGUAUAGUUUGAAUUUCAAAACAGACGGCUGAUGAUGUCUUCCGGUAACUGUUGUCCCGUUUACACCAGACUGAGACCUGUAUAAGACCUACAAGAUUGUGACAUUUUGUCACUCUCACAAGUCUUGGCUGGUCUCUGCUGGGAUCUGUUAUUUCCAUUUACACCGAGCUUGCAUUGCAACUGAAUUGUGCAAAAAAUAUGUUAAUAUCCGCGAUCAUUGAUGCAACCCCAUGCAGAGUCAAUUGAGAGUGUAUUACGACCCACAGGAUCAAGCUGAGAGUGAGUUGGGACAUGUGAGACUGAUUAUGAGACCCAUGUAUCUGUUAACUGGUUGCACAACUUGUGCAAGUGUUUAAAAUGGUUCAAUACACUCACGCAGCUGCUGGAGACCCAUGGGGAGUGAUGGCGACCAAGAGGGAUCUUUGAUGCGACCAUGGAGACACCAUUGUGACCAGCCUGAAGCCCCAGUGGGAGUCAGUGAGAGUGAUGGCAAGCAGAGGCCAUUGUUCGAUCGCAACUCGGUCGUGGA